GCGGCAGCAUCGAGCAAGCAGACUCCGUAGGUAGGGAGAGGAAGAUCCUGCAGGGUGAACCGGGAGGGGGUGUCCAUUUUAUUUACAGUUGGAAAUAGCUUUGCCACUAACAAUCGUUUUUUCUUUACCUUUAAAAGUUAUAUAAAACUUUCAGGUCUUUAGAGAUGAGCAGUUCAGAGGAAGUGUCGUGGAUUUCCUGGUUCUGUGGACUGAGAGGGAAUGAAUUUUUUUGUGAGGUGGAUGAGGACUACAUCCAGGACAAGUUCAACCUGACAGGACUUAACGAGCAGGUUCCUCAUUACCGCCAGGCUCUGGACAUGAUCUUGGAUCUCGAACCAGAUGAAGAGCUGGAGGAUAAUCCCAACCAGAGCGACCUGAUUGAGCAGGCAGCUGAGAUGCUUUACGGGCUCAUCCACGCACGUUACAUCCUCACCAACCGAGGAAUCGCGCAGAUGCUGGAAAAGUACCAGCAGGGAGACUUUGGAUAUUGCCCACGAGUAUAUUGUGAGAAUCAGCCCAUGCUUCCUAUUGGCCUGUCAGACAUCCCUGGAGAGGCCAUGGUGAAGCUCUACUGCCCUAAAUGCAUGGAUGUUUACACACCCAAGUCCUCCAGACACCACCACACAGAUGGAGCCUAUUUUGGCACCGGGUUCCCCCACAUGCUUUUUAUGGUUCACCCUGAGUACAGGCCCAAACGGCCUGCCAACCAGUUUGUCCCACGUCUCUAUGGCUUCAAGAUCCAUCCCAUGGCUUACCAGCUACAGCUGCAGGCCGCCUCCAGCUUCAAGAGCCCUGUCAAGGCUAUUCGCUAGGAGCCUUGGAGCAGGAAGAACAAGGAGGAAUGUGGAGAAAAAAACGUCAGGAACGAAUCACAUGGAGAGGGGUCACCUGUAUAUCCACAGGUGCCCCCUCCCCAUCAUGAAGACUGUAUUGUUUUUGAUUUAGAUUAGCCCAUAAGGGGGAGAAAAAAGUUAAAGAUUUAAGUAAAAGCAAGAGAGAAAAAUAAAACACACCGAGCCAUGAUUAUUGUGAGAAACAUACACACAUGUAGGGCAACAGACUUUAGGUUGACUGUACCAAACUCAUCCGUGCCAAAAACAGAAGGUUGGAGGAAGCUUAAAGCAGAGGGGCUGCUCUGCAUCACAGGUUGAUUCUUUGUUUUAUGGAGAGAAGGUUUAAAACGUGUGAGCCAGCGGACAGCCCCGGCUCGGUGCUGCUUCUGUAAACCCUUUGUCUUUGGUAAGCCUCCUCUCCCCUUUGAGCUCAGGCUGACGCUCGGAAACACAGUUUGGAUGCUGCUAGCAGGUGGUUUUUUCUUCAUCACUCAUUUAAACAGAUACGAACCAACAGAUUUCUGGGGCGGUUUUGUGGAACUUUUGUGUUAAAUCUGCCUUAAGGUACAAGAAAAAAAGGAUUGAUUUAGGAAACAAGACAAAUCUGACUUUGGAAUCGUCAAACAAUUGUAAUCAAUGAUCCUGUUUAAGUUUCUCCCAUUGUCUGUGCAUGCGUGAAAGCAGCCCUCUCCACUCUUAUUAAUAAAAUACCCCCUCCACCCCCAGCAGCAGAAGUGUACGGUCCGAUUCCCGCUCCUCAGAAAUAGUUUGUCUGCAGUUAAGUCUGGCUCAUAUCAGCUGCCUGUUGAAUCUAACUGCUGAUCCUGUUGCAAAGAUGGGUAGAUCUUUGCAACAGGACUAACAGUUAUGGGUUCAGUCUAUUUAGAAACAGAAAAAGUAGAAAGGGUUUCUUGGACUUGCUGUCUUCAUCUAUGAUAUAUCUAUAUUUUUUGUAUUGUUACCAUGAACUAGAUAUAGAUAUGACCUUUUGCAUUUCAAAAUGUAUAAAUAUCCUGUUUUUGGCAGAAAUGCAUAAAUACCAGCUGGACAUUCAGCUGUUAUUUUCCGCCUCUAACGGAGACAGGACCCAAACGUACCUCUGUAACAGUCUGGUUGUUGUCUGUUACACUCAGUAUUCAUUUUAUAGUGAAUCUUUUGCUCCCUGUCCCAUUUUCUGACAGCAAGAAAUGGUUCGCCCAGUCAUACAGUACAGCAUUCAGUUCUGUCAUGUUGUAAGUCUGGAUAUUUUUGGGGGAAAAUAUUAUCUAGUCCAUGAUCUACCAGGGCAAAAACACAAUUUCUAUUUGUUGUUUGUUUAUUUUUAUAUUUGGAUACAUUCCACCAAAUCUACUAGUUGAAGUUUGGCUGUCUUAAGGUUCUGAGGGCAAAACUUGGCCAAGUUUUGUAGUUUUCCUUCAGUUUGUUUCUUCUAAUAGCGGAUCUCCCAUCAGGGUUUUCAAGCAGAUGUUUUUGAGGUUCAAUCAGACGCCAAACUACUUGAGUAAAGUUUUACGAACAAUGUCAAAGCUUGUUUAAUAAGUUGUUUCUGCCAUAGGAUACGCUAGUCUAGGUUUCACAAAUCAUAGUACACCUUGAGUUAAAGGGCAGCGGAUCUAUGAAAACAGGUCCUUCUACCUACUGUCGAGUUUGGUGUUUAUUUGGGCAAAGACAGACAAUAAAAGGCCACUAGUUAAGUGUUUUGUGCUUAUUUAUAUCAAAGAUAGAAAGAAACGCUGAACAAAAUGUUCCUUAGUUUAAUAAAAAAUUCUACAGCUUCUGUAUUUUAUGGAAAAUAUCUGAAGAUGUAAUGAGUUUUGAAACUUCUGCUUCAAGCUCACAGUAACAACAGAUUUGUGUGGUUUGAAGAGGAUUUUGGGUUGGGGCGUACUCCUUCAAAUCAGUUUAUCCCUAAACCAGCUCUCCUAGCAUGUAUGAGUUAAUUCCAGGUAGUGUUAAAUCCCUUCUAAUUAUUGCCCAAAUCUUACUAAGAAUUCAUUUGUAUUAAUUGAUAUUGCAAAAUGUUUCACUGUUGGUUGGAGUUCUGAUCUGUUUGAAGUUAUUAAACUGUCAUCUAAGAUUAUACUUAAUAAGAACCUGUGACGUGCCACAUUACCUAAACAAAACCAAAAUAAGGUUUCAGAUCUCUUGUUGAAGAAAUGUUGUCUUGGACUAAAGUUUUGAUUUUUUUUAUCUCACAUAUCCAGAUCUAAUGACAAUAGGUUGCCUCAUGAGCAAUAAGAAGCAAAACGUUAAACUAUUUCUGAGGAGUUUGACCAUCGGAAUCGUUCCGUUCGUUCAUCUGCUGCGCUGAUCCGACCUAAGUCUGUCCUUUAUCUUUAUGUUCUUUGUCAAAGAGGGACUCUCCAAUGACAGGAUUUGUGUUUAGUCCAUUUUCCCCGCAAGGCAGCAGGCCGUCUCCUUUUUUUGUGUGUGUGACUGCACCAGAUUUUCAUUUCAGAGGCUUCAUGACAGAAACUGUAUUUAUGUGUCUUGGUUUUAACUCAUGUUUGUGCGACUGUGGAAAGGUGAGCAGGUUUCGGAAAGUCAAUAAACUUCUAUUUUCUUUUCAUGCA